AUGGCUCGCACUCCGCCCGUGCCGCUUGUCUUCUACCAUUCACCACGAUUCCCGAUACUCGAAAUGGACCGCCCUACGGUUUCGGAGACCUCAAUCCCUUCAGAUGAUGCACAAAAGUGUAUUAGGAUCACAAACGGAGGAAAUAUGAAGUCUUGGGUAGCUGUGUCACUUGCAUUCUUCGAGGACGAAACUCGGGCAAAAGGCUUGACAUUGCAUACCUUUCCAGCGUCCGUGGCUUCUGACGCCUUUCUGGAACGGGUAGCAGGAAAAGACCCUGUCCUUCGCAAACAAGCAAGUGCCACUGUUUCGACCAUACCCCGUCUCAUCUCGGUCGCCGAGAUUAUCAAGCGCGAGUUUGUGAAGACCCUGGAAGCGAAACGCUCAAGCCGUAUGAAAGGACUUCAUCAGUACAACGAAGUCGGCACGCUAGAAGCAUUAGGCCUCACUGUCGCCCCAGCAGCGGAAGACGGAACCCCGCUGACCGGGGAGGACGCGAGAUCUCAUAGCAUAUUAGAAGCUCUGAGUGGGAGAAACUAUGCAAGACAAACACAGUCUCCGUAUAUGCGAAUCACGCUUUCGACCGUAGAGCGACCGGAUCUCGUGGAGAGAGGUGCAACAUAUCAGCCGCCAACAAUUCGCAAAUUGUCAAAGUCCGCAAAAGCCCGCGCCAAAAAGCAGGAGAAAAAACGUCAGCAGGUUGGGGCAAUAGCCGCGGCCUCUACCGCAGAAAAUCGACCUGCGACAGCAAUGGAGGUGGACAACACAUCGUGA